CGACCUCAUUCUUUCGCGACGUAAUCGAGCUGUUGUAUAUCUCGAUCGUUCAAUGCAGCUCUUCGCAGUCGCUAUAUCACUCUUUAAAUAAUAUACUACAGCUGGUGUGCAAUCAGACGCAUUUGAAUACCCCCAGCUGGCACGGCCACGGAUCUACGACUCAUCCCAGCCAGACCAGUCAGAAUAACCACCUCGACUGAUUGAAAACUUCACUCACCCAGCGCCCCGCCAACCACCAAAAUGUCGCGCGGCGGCCGAGGCGGCGGCCGAGGAGGCAUGCUCAAAGGCGUCUCCUGGGAAUACGAUCCCACGCAAACCCUCGACUCCGCUCCCACCGAGCUCUUUCCUGACUACACAAUCCCAUUCGCCUCCCCCGCCACCCCCACCGAGCAGCGUGCAGUGCGCCUCUACAAAGACCUGCGCGAGCAGAUCCACCAUGGUCCUCUAUACACGAAGGCGCCGCCGAGAGACCCGAAUACGGCGCCCAAGGUGUUCGGCGAGGAGCAGGAGAACGAGCUUUUUGAGAUGCGAGGACGCACAGACACAGAUCCGUUUGUGGGUGUGCCGACGUAUACGAUGAAGUAUGACAGGAAAGAGAGGGCAAUUCCGAUGUUGUCGGGGAGGCCGUUUAUUAAAGCUUUCUUCCCCGCAGAACUCCACGCCACGCUCGAAGGCUCGGAUGGCCUAGCGGCGCGAGGCACCAUUUCGCGCCGCAAGAAGCUGAUCCUGGCGCGCGAACCGGGGCUUGCGGGCGCGACGGAGGAGGAGAGGAAACGUGCGUUGCUGGCGAAGCUGGAUGGGGCGGCGGAGGAGGAGGGGGAGGAGGAGGAGGGUGAGGAGGAGGGCGAAGAGGAGGAUUACAAUUAUGAGGAUGAUGAGGAGGAGAUGGGUGGCGAUUAUGAUGCGGAGCAGUAUUUCGAUGAUGGCGGAGAAGGGGGAGAUGAUGAUGAAGGAGGAGGGGGUGGGGAUGAUUAUUAG